AUGAAGAAAGUAUAACAUUCAGAAGGCAUGAUUGAUGCUAUAUAUUAUUUGUAGAAAUGUUAACUGAUAAUGAAACAUUUCAAUACUUAAAAUCCAGUUGUUGUAGAAUGGUUACUAUAAUUAGAUGAAACUCAAAAGUAAUUUGAGUAAAAUUAAUUUCAUCAUCCUUUAUUGGAAUAGUGUACAUAAUUUAUAAAUCAUAAAAUAAUACAUCCAUUUUUAAUUUGUUUGGAAUAGAUAAUGAAAUAUAAGAAUUUUGAAUAUGAAUUACAAAAACACAAGUUAGAAUUUGAUUAUGUAAUAAGAAGACUUUAAAUAGUAAUAAUUUAAAUAAAAUUAUAAGAUAAGAGAAUUUUUACCAAAUAUAUCAUAAGUUCCAUUAGAUGACAUCUAUUGUUUAAGCAAUACCCAUUAAGAAUGGGCUCAUUUGGCUAAGUAUGUUCAGUUUAUAGAUGUAAUUUGAAAAACAAAUAUAGCUUGAUGAUCCAGAGGCCAUAGAUAUGCAAUUUGAAAAGUUUAACGAUUACAUUUCAGUUGGUUGUGCAUAUGCAAAAUUAGGAAAUAUGAUUAAACUUCCUAUAUUGAGUAUGAUAUUUUAAAAUUUGGGUGGGGCAUUUUUAAUAACAAAUAUUGAGAAAGCUAGAUAAAUAAAAUUAAAAGAGAUGACAAAUCCAUCUGUUUAAUUUAUAUAAAAUUUAUGGAGUAUUUAAGAUAAGGCUCCAGUUUUAAAGAAUUUUAUGAAAUAUUCAAUGACAAAAAUAUCAUCACAUUAUAAAAUAUAUGUUCCAUAUUUAUUUAAGCCAACAUUUACAUUGGAGAGAAUAAAUUAAGAAAUAGAAAAUGGAACAUUAUAUAAUUAAGAAGGAUUUAAAGGAUUAGAAAUGAUAGAAGAGCAUUUAUAUGAGAAAGUGAUUGAAUCUUUGUUUCGAAAGGAUCGUAAAAAUAAGAUAAAAGUGAGAGUAUUAUCAGCAAAUAAGGAAAUAUUUAGAAAAAGAAUAUAAGAAGAUGAAAUAGUAAAAUAAAUAGCUGAUAUAAGCAAAGAUCAUAAUAAUAUAUUUGAAGGAGUAUCUUAAUAGGAGGGAUAAUUUGGAAAGAUAAAGAAAGUGAUAUUAUAAAUUCAUGGUGGAGGAUGGGUAGGAAUGUCUUCAUUUAGUCAUUAGACUUAUACAAGGAAAUGGGCUAAUCAUAUAGGAGAUGAUUGUGUAAUAUUUAGUAUAGAUUAUCGUCUUGCUCCUAAGUAUCCAUAUCCAUAUGCCCUUGAAGAUAUAUGGUAAUUAUAUCUUUGGAUAGUAAAUAAAUUUAUAUAUAUUAUUAGCUCUAUUUUAGUAGAUUUUAUAUGAAUAUAAAUUUAGAAUAAAUAAUUCUAGCAGGUGAUUCAGCUGGAGGAAAUAUGGCUCUAGGUAUUUGUUUUCGUGCCAUUAAAAUUGGUAUAAGAGUACCAGAUGGACUAUUUUUACCUUAUCCUGUUGUAAAUCUAAAUUUUAAGAUCUUUAAUCCUUAUUUACUUAAUGGAUUGAUUGAUUAAAUAGCUCCAACAACUAUUUUAGUUGUUGUUUUAAAAGAAUAUUUAAAAAGUGGAUCAGAACAUCCAGAAUCUGAUCCUUAUCUUAGUCCUAUUAUAGCUGAUGAUACUUUCUUAACUAAGUAUUUUAUUUAUAUAAAUUUAUAUAUUAGAUUACCUAAAAUACAUAUAAUAUGUGGAGCUAAAGAUAGUCUUACUGGUGAUACUAUAAGAUUUGUUAAUAAAAUGAGAAAGUUACAUCAUAAUAUCAAAUUAGAUAUUAUUAAUUGUUUAUCACAUGGCUUUAUGAAUUUUGAGGUUCCAAUUGUUGGAGUCACUCAUAUGGGUUCAGUGAUUAAUUUAACUUGUAAAAUGGUUUAAGAAUUAUUUAAAUCAAGUGAAGUAUUAUGA